GCUGCACCGACAUCAUCGGGUCCCGCAAGCUCACCAAACUUACUUUGACUUACUCGACUUUCUUUUUCCACACACACACCUUCUCCACUCUUGCACCCUUUUUUCCGUGGUCGGGUCACUCGCUCUCAGUAGUAUUUAUACGCGCUAUAUCUUUAGCUGCUGAGGCGAUUGACUUCUCCCAUCACCUUCAAAAUGGCGUUUCGCUGGUACCAGGCAAAGCUUAGGACGUCGCCGUACUUGACGCAGAGUAUCACUACCGCGGUACUCUUCGCAACCGGCGACACAAUGGCCCAGCAAGGUGUCGAGCGCCGCGGUCUCGAUAAGCACGACCUCGCCCGUACAGGACGCAUGGCCGCCUACGGAGGAUGCAUCUUCGGCCCCGCCGCAACAAAAUGGUUCGACUUCCUCGUCAAGCGCGUAAACCUGCAAUCCACAAACGGCACGAUUCUCGCGCGCGUAGCCUGCGACCAGUUCCUCUUCGCGCCCUGCAACAUGGCCCUCUUCCUCUCCACCAUGGCCUACAUGGAAGGAAACUCGCCCGUCCAGCGCCUCAAGGACGCCUACCUGCCGGGCUACCAGAAGAACUUGAUGGUCUGGCCCUGGGUCCAGUUUACCAACUUCAAAUACGUGCCUCAGGAGAUGCGCGUCUUGGUUGUUAAUGUUAUUUCGCUCGGCUGGAAUUGCUAUUUGAGUAGCUUGAACUCGGCGGGUGGUACUAAGCCGAACCCGCCUGUGGGUAAGACGAAGGAGGGUGGGCAGUUGCCGCCUUCAUAGGUGGGCUCUUCGCUUGAGAGAAUGUGUAUUUGUGUGUAGGAGACGGUUGAUAUUGCGACAUUUGCCAGGGUUUUUGUUUGUUCAAGGGGGCUGCAACUAGACCGAAUGAUACCCUGGGCUAUGUGGUAGGGUUAUAUAGAAGAGUCAAAAAUCGAUUCAGUUGAGUGGUA